GAACUCGCAAUCAAAACAAGUCGGCCACGCGUGCUUUUCCCGCAGAAAUGACGUCAUCACCACGGCCCUCCCCUUCCCAUGUCCACGGUCGGCAACAACUACUAGAAUAACAAAAUAAACAGUUAAAUGACGGGUUGUUCUAACAUCUAUAAACGGAUAAAAUAUAUUUGAUCAUUUCUUCCACAUUUUUGACGUUUCAAACCGCUCGAGCAAGAGGGAGGGAUAUUGAGGCCAGCUGAUUUGGUCUGAGAGCCGUCUGAGAGGCGGAAGUGAGGUCACCAGGAGCUCGUCCAUGUUAUUAUUGUUAUUUUGGUCGCUGGCAGUGUGAUGAGACGGACUGGAGAGCCGUCGGGCUCCAAGACUAGGCUACUGCUCUUCCAGGCCGCCCCGGACUAAACCUCACAGCCACCCCCGAGAAAGGAGCACUGUCAACAGGGGAGAGCGCCCAGCCCAGCCUCUUCGACCGACACAGGCGACAAAAACAAUACGGUAUUCGGCAAACCCAACGCUAGCCCCAGACUUGUAUGUGUGCGGUAACACACCGCGACGUGCCUCCGCAGAUAUGAACGGCAUCACCAAGGGCAGGUUCGAGGUGUUCUCCAACAGUGAUGAAGCUCCCAUUAACAAGAAGCUUCCCAAGGAGCUUCUGCUCAGAAUCUUCUCCUAUCUUGAUGUGAUCACAUUGUGCAGGUGUGCCCAGGUGUCCAAGGCGUGGAAUGUCCUGGCCUUGGAUGGUAGUAACUGGCAGAAAAUUGACCUCUUCAACUUCCAGACAGACAUAGAGGGUAGAGUAGUGGAGAACAUCUCCAAGCGAUGUGGAGGCUUCCUGAGGCAGCUGAGCUUGAGGGGUUGUCUCAGUGUGGGGGACGCAUCCAUGAAGACGUUUUCCCAGAACUGCCGUAACAUUGAGGUGUUGAACCUGAACGGCUGCACUAAGAUCACAGACAGCACCUGUCUCAGCCUCUCCAAGUUCUGCUGCAAACUCAAACAGCUGGACCUCACCUCCUGCGUGUCUGUUUCCAACCACUCCCUCAAAGCUCUCAGUGAUGGCUGUCGUAUGUUGGAGAUGUUGAACCUGUCGUGGUGUGACCAGAUCACCAGAGAUGGCAUCGAGGCUCUGGCCCGGGGCUGUAACAACCUACGAGCCCUGUUCCUACGCGGCUGCACACAGUUGGAGGAUGGAGCACUGAAACACCUCCAGAAACACUGUCCUGAACUAACCACUAUCAACAUGCAGUCCUGCUCAAUAACUGAUGAUGGCUUGGUCAGUCUGUGUCGGGGGUGCCACAAGCUGCAGGUCCUGUGUAUCUCUGGCUGCAGUAACAUUACAGACGCCUCUCUCACUGCUCUGGGUCUCAACUGUCCCCGACUGAAGAUCUUGGAGGCUGCGCGAUGUUCACAGGUUACAGACGCUGGGUUUACUGUACUGGCCAGGAAUUGUCAUGAGAUGGAAAAAAUGGAUUUAGAAGAAUGUAUUUUGGUGACUGACAACACACUAGUCCAGCUCGCUAUUCACUGCCCUCGCCUGCAAGCACUGUCUCUCUCCCACUGUGAGUUGAUAACAGACGAUGGUAUCAGGGCGCUGAGCAGCAGUGUGUGUGGACAGGAGCGCCUCACAGUGGUGGAGUUGGAUAACUGCCCUCUGAUCACAGACGGGACUCUGGAGCACCUGAAGAACUGCCACCGUCUGGAGAGGAUAGAACUCUACGACUGCCAGCAGGUCACCAGGGCCGGCAUCAAACGCAUACGGGCUCAUCUCCCAGAGAUAAAAGUCCACGCCUACUUUGCCCCGGUGACACCCCCUCCUUCGGUGCACGGCGGGGGCCAGAGGCUGUGUCGCUGCUGCAUCAUCCUCUGACAGUGGAGGGCCAGGGGGGGUCAGCUCUGCCUGCAGGUCCUACUGCUGUGACCCCCCCCCCAACAAUAACCCACCUGAUCCCCGCAAGAUGAUGAGACAGACCCUGAACCCCACCACUACACAACUACACCACAACACCCUGAACCCCACCACAACACAACUACACCCUGAACCCCACCACAAUGACACCACAAUACCCUGAACCCCACCACAACACAAUUACACCACAAUACCCUGAACCCCACCACAACACAAUUACACCACAAUACCCUGAACCCCACCACAGCACAAUUACACCACAAUACCCUGAACCCCACCAGAACACAACUACACCACAACACCCUGAACCCCACCACAACAC